CUGAGUUCCCAAGCAUUGAGUCGAUUGACUGAAUCGGUGCCAACAAAGUGGAACCUUACUGUGACCGUGUACAGAAUUUAGAGAUCAAGACAGAUUGAAGUACCAGGAACAAAAUGGGGUGUAGUGCUAGCGCCCCCGUUAUAGUUAGUAGACCACCACCGAAUUGCCCAGUAAAGAAAGAGGGAUUUAUCCUCUAUUGUCCAAACAAGGGUGGAAACUGGAAGUCAUAUCUGUUUAGGCUCUAUGAAGACAGCUCGUUUAUAUGGUAUGGAGAUGCUCAUGAAGAAUUAGGAUGUGUGAGGUUGAAGGACAUAGCUCCGUUGAUUGCCAUUGGUCAGCAUUGUCUACAGGUCCCCAACCGACCCGACAUUCCACCCGGACAAAGCAUAAACCGCAUGAUGGCCUAUCCAUUCAACUAUGGCAGAGGAACGAGGCGCAAUGACAUGAAGAUCAACUGGAUCUUAUUCAGAGGGGAUGAUGAAAUGAAAGAUUGGAUGCAAACUCUUGGAGCUGUGCUUCCUCCACCCCCUCAAGCACAACAGAAUGGACAGGUCAUACAACCUGCUCAGCCAAUACAGCCUCAUGUAAUACAACAAGGUCAAGCAGUCGCUGCUGCCCCUCUCCCAGGCUUUCAGCCUCACCUGAUGGGCGGCCAAGCCAGUAAUGCUUACCCCCCACCCCAACAAUACUACCCACAGCAAAAUGGAUACCACCCACAACAACCACACACACACACAGUGGUGGUCAAUCAACAUCAUCAUAUACCUCAGCAGACCAGCUCAAGUGGUGAUGGUUUCGCUACAGGUCUGUUGCUUGGAGGGGCAAUGGGAUGGGGUAUGGGAUAUGGCUGGGGCCACGGACACCAUUAUCACGGCUUCGGAUGGGGAAGUUGGGGGUCGCAUGGAAGCUUUGGGCAUGGUCACUUUGGAGGCGGUUGUGGUGGUGGCUGUGGUGGUGGAUGUGGUGGUGGUGGAUGUGGUGGUGGCGGUGAUGGUGGAGGGGAUGGUGGCGGUGGUUGUGGAGGUGGAUGUGGUGGAGGAUGUGGUGGUUGUGGUGGUUAAUUGAACACCACAGACUUCUCUGUUGUCUUUUGCUAGGAACAACUCCAAAAUGCUUGAUGACAAAAGAUUAGAUCAUAAAUCUGCAAAAUAUUUCCAGUGAUUGGCAUUCUUUUGUAUUUUGGAUAUUGGUAUUUUUAUUGUUUUUUCCUUACUCUUUACUAAUAGCCCUCUCUCAGUCGUUUUGUUAUUCAUUGUUGGUGCCAUUAAGGUUACAUACUACAAGUUUUUCUUAUGUUUUGAACUAUGAUGAAGCAUGUUCAUAUCAUUGUGUUAAGUUGCUGACUUUAAAGCACAGAUAAAAACACAUAAGUGAUUUGAUUGAGUGAUACAGGUCAUGGGUAUUAAAAUCAUCAACAAUUUCUGAAUUUAAUGUUUUGUAAUAAUGAUUCCGUCCAAUUACUAUUUUAUAAUGAAAUGGCAUCAUAUGUCUUAAACAUCUUGAUUUAUUUUAUAUCAUUGCAUAUGAAUAUUUUUUGUUGAUAUUUAAUUCUACAAAUACUUUUCUGAUAGUAUUUUUUUAACAUGUAUAAAUAUACUGUUUUUACUGCUUUUUUUCCCAUUGCAUGAAUAUUGUAUACAUACAUGUUCAUGUAAUUUAUAUAUUCAACUACAUGAGGAAAACCAAAAUAGUGGUUUGAAAUUUACUCUAAAUAUGUUUGCAUUUGAAACAUUUCUGUGAUAUUACCAACCAUUGUGGGUACUUUCAAUGAUUUAUUUUAUGAUACAUGUAGAAGACAUCCAAAGUAUUGAGCUGAUAUAUUUAUGAUUUUAAAAAUGAUGCAUUGACUAUAUAUGUGAAAUUCCAAGUUAUUUUGUACACAGUAUUUCAGGGUUUUUGACAGUUUUUUAAUGACCUAAUGUACCUGGUACAUCAUAUUUUUACAAUCUUAAUGAUACCAUUUCCAAAUGCUCCAAAUUGCAUUGUUGACCAUACCAGAAGUUUCAGUUUUAAACAUUUGUAUUUUGACGUAGUUUUUCAUUAUUUAUGAAAUCAUGAUUGCUUGUUGAAUUUUGGUAAAAAAAAAAAAAGGUGAUAUACUUUACCUAGUAUAGCAAGUUAAAUGGAUGAUUUAUGCUAGUUAAGAAUAUCCUUAAGCAAUAUACAUGUACUUUACCUCGUUUACAUAGUUCAGAUAGCCUUAGAGCAUAUCUGCACUAGGAAUAGAGGAAAUUUACAUAUGUCUAGACGCAGUUAAAUAAUGACUGAAAUGCAUAAUACAUUUAGUGUAUAGAGAGUACAAUGUAUAGAGAGUACAAUGCACUAUUUAUUGAUUGAUUGAUUACACUUAUUAAGAUAUUAUUAUUGACUAUGCUACCUACAGUGUAACAUGUUUUAUUUUUAGGUUUGUUAGCUAACACCAAUAGCCUUUUAAUUUUAGACAACUUGAAUUUUGUUCUUUAAUACUCAUGCUGAAAAUUUAGAUUUGCAUAAAUACGAAAUGUUUAUCCUGAAAGAUUAUUUGACAUACUCAGACAUGCACAUAAAUCAUAUUUUAUUUCAUAGAAAUUGUUUUAGAUUUUCUUUUGGAACACAUUGAUACAGCCAUACAAGUAUUUAUUUUGUAUGUUUUUUAAACAUGGACAGCUUCUAUGUGUGUAUGUCAAGUACAGUAUUUUUUUUUUUUUUUUAGAAUUUAUUCAUGUUUGGAGGUUCUUUUUAAACUUCUUCAACUGUACAAAUGAAAUAUUAUUAGAUUGUUCCAUUGAUUUUUUUGUUUUAAAUAAAAACACUUCUACAGGGUUUUGCAAGUCUUUGGACAAGGUUGUGUGUUACAAAUGUUUUAUACUCUGUGAUACUUAUUGUGCUGAAUUUAUAUAAAACACACUCUGUUAUUAAAAUAUUGUUUUCAAAUAAAGUUCUUGAAAUUUCCAA